UCUGCCUGAUGCCCUGCCUGGUGUGUACUGGGCUUCUGGCUCCUGUGUAGGAGCAGAGUGCAGGUGGAGAGCACACCAGGAUUUACUUGGUCUGGAUUGUGGCCCUGUUUCCCAGAUUAUUACGAAAAAAUCUAACGGAAAGUGGCCUUUCUGUUGGAGAGUCCUUGAGACUAUCAUUUUCCUGCUAGUCACUAAAGCCCAGAGUCUGGAUGCCCUGGUCCUCCUCUCAGGCUGGAGAGUUCAGCUAAUAAGAAAUUGAUCUCAGCCAGGCAUAGUGUUUCACAUGUAUAAUCCUGGCUUUCAGGAGGCUAAAGAACAAGGAUCAGCCUCGGCUAAGGGUGAAAUCCCUGCCUCAAAAAACCAAAGGAGACCAGGAGUAGUGGUGCACACAGUAGGAUUUAAUGAAGGAGGCAGAGGCAGGAGGAUCAUGAGUUUGAGGCUAGUCCAUGCUAAGUGUUUUAGCCAAAUGGUGGUAGAUAACACCUUUAAUCUCUGCACUCAGAAGGCAGAGGCAAGCAGAUCUCUAUCAGUUUGAGGCCAGCCUGGUCUACAGAGCAAGUUCCAGGACAGAGAAACCCUAUCUCCAAAAACAAAAACAGUACAAGAAAUAUAAAAAAAAAAAAAAUGGCCUAAGGAAGCACAGCGAAGGUGCUGCCCUCACUCUGAUUCUUUUCCACGUGUCUGAGUGUUCCGCCUACAUGUAUAUACAGGCACCGUCUGAGUACCCGGGGUCCUCCGAGGUCAGAAGAACACAUUGGUUUCCUGGAACUGCAGUUAUGGAUAGAAGUGAGCCACGAAGCAGGUGCUUGGGAUUGAAUCUGGGUCCUGUGCAAGAACAACCAGUGUUCUUCUCGUGGAGCUCUCUCCAGCAUAGGACUUUAUUUUCUUUCUUCUCCUUUAAAGACAGUUUUUUUUUUUUUUUUUUGGUUCUUUUUUUCGGAGCUGGGGACCGAACCCAGGGCCUUGCGCUUCCUAGGUAAGCGCUCUACCACUGAGCUAAAUCCCCAGCCCCUAAAGACAGUUUUACUAUGUGGCCCUGGCUGCCUUGGAAUUCAUGUGGACCAGGCUGGCCUCACUGCUUCUACCUCCCAAGCACUGGUAUUGCCGAGUGUACCACUGCAGCCCGCUUAGGUUUGUUUUUUUGUUUUGUUUUGUUUUGUUUUGUUUUUGUUUUUUGUUUUUUUUGGAGCUGGGGACCGAACCCAGGGCCUUGUGCUUCCUAGGCAAGCGCUCUACCACUGAGCUAAAUCCCCAACCCCAGCCCGCUUAGGUUUAUCAGGCUCUUUUCUGCUCUCUUUAGGUCCUCUUAGGACCUUACAUCAAUUAGGCCAAAUGUAACCCACACCCCCAGAGCUCUCUGUCUCCGGAGGGUCUCGUUGCCUCACAGAGGCAAACGAGCUAGCUCCUGUCUCCUGGCAGCCCCUGAGUCCCAGCUGGAACACACACACACAUAUAAAUACACACACAUACACACGCACACACACGCACACGCACACAUAGACAUGUCUCAGGCUCCCGCAUCCACCUUUUCCAUGGUUUUCUAAAUUUGUUUCUACACAGGCAAUCUUUCCAUUCCUUCCUGAAGGCUGGGCUUUUGGAAUUCAGAAACUAAAAAUAGUCUCUGCAUUCUGUUGUGUCUUCUGUUCCCCGAGGUAACAAACGGAGGGUGACUUAGCUGUGAACAAGAGGGACCCCAGAACACCAGGGACAAGACAGCAGUGCGUUUCAAGAUGGUACUAUAGUCUAGACGGGCAUGGUAUUUGCCCACGCUUUCACAUCCACCCUUCCUGCAGCUCCAGCCAGAGUUGGGGGGGGGGUCCCAUUGAUGGCAGAACCCCCAAGAACUGAAUGUUCAAGCAGCUUUGUUCAUACUCACUUCUCACUCCUGGAGAGAAGAGGUGUUUUUUUUGGGGGGGGGGGCACAAUCAGUGUUGUUUGUAGGGAGGAGAUCACAGAAGUUCAGAAUGCUGAAUGGACAUUUAUAAGUUGGCUCAUGCCAGAAACAUGCAAGGGACAAGAGUCUGCCCUUGCCUCAGCACGGCUGAGCAGGUGGGACUUAAACCAGUCCAGAGAGCGCUAGUCUGGCAUCCCUGGCUUAAGGGUGGGCAAAGGUAACAAGGGCCCUUGAAGCUCUCAUUAAUGUUCCAGGAAGACCCAGAAAUACACUACAUUUUGUGAAGAAGGGUGAAAGCAGCUUAGAUUCAACAAGGGCAUAGAAUUGCCCCAACAGCAAGGUUAGCAUGCUAAGGCUAACCUUAGUCACAAGCUUAAUGGCUGUUAGCUAAGGCUGGAGGUCUGCCUAGGCAUGGUAGCCCAUGCCUCUGGUCCUCAGAGGCAGGGGCAGGUGGAUUUUCCUGAGUUGCAAGGCUAGCCCGGUCUGCCUACAGAAUGAGUUCUAGGCCAGAGAUACAUAGCAAGACGCUGUCUCGGAAGGUGGGAGGGCGUGGCGUGACCUUUGGAGGAAAUGUGGUUUUUAAAGGGGAAAAAAAACCCAGUUUUUAAAUGUCACUCCAGAAAGGGAGGGGACUCUCCCCCAGAGUUAAAUGAGUGCUACUGGGCAGCGUAAUCUAAUCUGGUCAGAAGUAGUCAACUACUACGCCCUGUGUUGGGAGCUUGGGGAGUCCCACAGGGUGCAGAGGCUGCAGGCUUAGCCCGUGUAUGUGCACUAACAGCUUCAUCAGACACAAGUAGAAGAUGAAGUCUCAAGGUGAAUGACAGUGGGAAUUUGAAGUCAGGCUUCCCUAAUACCAGAUUCCAUCUCUGAACCGUGGCACUUUUAUUUUGUAUUUGUUCUUUAACACGUGGUCGCAUGUAGCCCAAGCUGGCCUUCAAGGAAGGACACUGGGAUUACAUGCUCGGUUUAUUGUAAUACUAGGGUUGGGACUCAGCGCUUCACCCAUGCUAAGGCCAGCAUUGUACCAUCGGGGCUACUUCUCCAGCCACUGUGGCACUCAUCUGUUUCCCAGUACUCUUGGCAUUCAUUCUAUUGCUCAUUCCCAGUGUGAGUUGGACACUCAAAACUUGACAUACCACUGGAUCGGGUAGUGCAGGCCUAUAACCAGGCUGUUGGGGAAGUGGAGGUAAGUUACAGGUUCAAAGCCAGACAGUACUAUAGACUGAGUGAAGCGCCCUCCUGAGCAGCUUACCAAGACUCCAUCUCAAAAACAAAAGCAGAGGAGAUACAGCUCAGUGGUGAUAUAUCCUCUACCUCAGAAGAGGCCAUAGAUUUGGUCCCAUGCAUCAAAAAAGCAAAACCAACACCAAAACCUUGCCAUACUCAGGCCUUGGAGCUUGGACCCAGAGAAGCUGAAAACCAGCUGCUAAGUAGGACUGCAGUUCUAUAGUCUGAAGACGCUCCUGGGGGUGAGGUCUCCUCCCCUCCUUCUGUGAUAGUCCAAUCUGCCUACCCCUCUUCAAGAAGCCAUGUUGAGCUGUUGUGACAGGUGUCACUUUGUUAUGGCAGCACCAUCUGCCAGUGAGCCCGAGUUGGAGAGCCAGCAGGAGACUGUCACCACGCAUGUAUGUCCCAGAGAUCCUUGAGUUGGUGUCCUGAUGACAGUUUUGGUUGUUUUUUUUUUUUUUUAACUCCUCUGGCUGGCACUUUUAGUUUCUAUUCCUUACCCUCUUUCUCCUCCUCUGCUUUGUUAAAACGUCUAUAUUUUGAGUCAGCUGAGAGCCUACCCGGAGUUGGGAUGGUGGUGUCAGCGCCCAGUGAUUCAUCUUACUGAUAAUUAAGAGAAAACCCAAGACUCCUCUGUGUCAAAGGCAGGGCUUCCGGAAUCCUUACUCUCUCCACUUUGUCAUAGAGAGGAGCAAAGUGGGCCUGGCUUUUGGAUGCCCUGCCUUUGGGUCAUGUGCCUCCUAGAGGUUCCCUGACUGAGACCAGUGGGCAUUUAUAGGGUGUGGUGAGCUGGAUGUGAAACUCUUCGGGUCCUCCCAGAGUUGGUGUGAUGUGUUAUUCCCACUCAGACAAUCAGGAUUUACACUGAGUUGCCUAGUUUGUAAGUGAUACAACGGAGAUUCAAGCGCUAGCCUUUUGGAAUCCACCAAACUUUAUUUAAACCACAGUCCAACUAUUAUUAGCUGAGUGUCAUGGCAAAGGUUCCCCUCUCUGAGUGCUACCUUCUGCCUUUGUAAACAGGUCUCUAAAAAUGCUUCCCAAAGCCAAGGCCUUGGGAGCUGCUCUUAUUACUAGUUUUUCAGCAUUAUCUGCAGCUGAGUGGCCACCAAGCAUUCAAAGGGACUAAGAAAGGAUGCAGACUGGGACCUCAUGAAGACCAGCCUUCCUGUCCCAGCAAUACCUUGUGAAAAUGUGACAAACAUUUACUCCUAGCAGGGCUUAGUCGUGGCCACGUGAGUCUACACGUGGAAACAGAAUGACCCAGGGGAGGGGAGAAAAAAGCUGAGAGUCAUCAAGUACACUUGUUAACUCUGAGACAAAGGAGUGGGACUAUGGCCGCUGGUACUGCUGCCACCGAGCCCUUCUGGCCGCUUCUACACAGCAGUGGACGGAAGCCAGGAUUUUCGAGGGCCCCCAGUGAGUCACCAGACUGAUGCAAUCCCUUUAAAGGGCUCAUCUGCUGGUGCAAGAAGCUGAUUCAUGGAGGGCGUGGCUGCUGAAGGAGGAGAAAGGGACGGAAACUGGCAGCAGGGAGUGAGGUAGACAGCCGGCUGAGAUCGUUCAUUGGAACUCUUCACUGCAAUCUCCCUGGACAAGACUCUAGGGAUGUCCAAGAAGAACUAGGCCAUCUUUGGGGUUUCUGAAGGGCCCACAGUGAAAUGAAUUGUGACAGUAGCGACAGCAAUUCGUGACUUCUCUUGAACCCAACUUCAGCGCUUUCCCACAUAAAUUUCCAGAAGCCGAGAAAUGAGGAGCAAAGAAAGGCCACUUUUCUAAAGAAUGCAGUGCAGUUUGGCGGUUUUUGCAGCCACUUAGAGGUGUUCCCCAACCCCAGCAAGGAGAGCAGUAAGUCGACGAGGUUCUGCAGAGCCAAAGCGGGGCGGCGCCUCAGUCCCAGUCUCACUGUAGAUGUAGAUUAGCGAACUGAGAAUGAAGCGGAGAGCAUCAGACAGAGGAGCUGGGGAGACGUCGGCCAAGGCCCAGGCUCUAGGGACUGGCAUUGCUGGAAAUAAUGCAAAGAGAGCAGGACCGUUCAUCCUGGGUCCCCGCCUGGGCAACUCACCGGUACCGAGCAUUGUGCAAUGUUUGGCAAGGAAAGACGGCACGGACGACUUCUAUCAGUUGAAGAUCCUCACCCUUGAGGAGAGGGGCGAGCAAGGAAUUGAGAGCCAAGAGGAGAGGCAGGGCAAGAUGCUGCUGCAUACCGAGUACUCUCUGCUGUCCCUGCUGCACACACAGGAUGGCGUGGUCCACCACCAUGGCCUCUUCCAGGACCGCACGUGUGAAGCGGUCGAGGACACAGAGUCUGGGCGGAUGGUAAAGAAGAUGAAGAAACGCAUUUGCCUUGUCCUUGACUGCCUCUGUGCACACGACUUCAGUGACAAGACCGCUGACCUCAUCAACCUACAGCACUACGUCAUCAAAGAGAAGCGGCUCAGUGAGCGUGAGACUGUGGUCAUUUUCUAUGAUGUAGUCCGUGUGGUAGAAGCCCUGCACCAGAAAAACAUCGUGCACAGAGACCUGAAGCUUGGGAACAUGGUGCUCAAUAAAAGGACCCAUCGGAUAACUAUCACCAACUUCUGCCUUGGAAAGCACCUUGUGAGUGAGGGGGACCUGCUGAAGGACCAGAGGGGGAGCCCUGCCUACAUCAGUCCUGAUGUGCUCAGCGGCCGGCCAUACCGGGGGAAGCCUAGUGACAUGUGGGCCUUGGGCGUGGUGCUCUUCACCAUGCUCUAUGGCCAGUUCCCCUUCUACGACAGCAUCCCACAGGAGCUCUUCCGCAAGAUCAAGGCUGCUGAGUACACCAUCCCUGAGGAUGGGCGAGUCUCUGAGAACACAGUGUGUCUUAUCCGGAAACUACUGGUCCUUGACCCCCAGCAACGCCUGGCUGCUGCAGAUGUCCUGGAGGCCCUCAGUGCCAUCAUUGCAUCUUGGCAGUCCCUGUCCUCUCUGAGUGGGCCUUUGCAAGUGGUUCCUGACAUCGAUGACCAAAUGAGCAGCUCUGACAGCUCCCAGGAGGCAAAGGUCACAGAGGAAUGCUCCCAGUACGAGUUUGAGAAUUACAUGCGACAGCAGCUGCUGCUGGCUGAAGAGAAGAGCUCCAUUCACGAGGCCCGGACCUGGGUACCCAAGCGGCAGUUUGGUAGCAUGCCACCCGUCCGACGGCUAGGCCACGAUGCACAGCCAAUGACCUCCUUGGACACAGCCAUCCUGGCACAACGCUAUCUGCGGAAAUAGUGCCCUCAGCUAGGGCACUAGCCCAGCACACCUCUCCUCGGCCCGCCUGAGGCCCAGCCAUCAGGCCUGCCUGGGCCCGGGCCCAGCAGUGCUGGACUGAGUCUCCCAGGCUGCAGUAGGGACAGGGCAGGGAUAGGGACAGCCCAGGUCACAGCCAGGGUCAACAGAGGUACCACAAAGCUACCUUUUGGGAUGAUUGCUUGAUUGUUUUUUUAUCUGAGAAUUCUAGAUAGAUACCUAAUCUGCUUUUAAUCAUGACAUUUUAAUCUACCUCUGUCUCUUUAACCACGCUGUCUCUGGACUGAACGCUGGGAGGAAAGAGGGGAGCCUACGCUCAUAUCCCAGGCACUGGAACAGCCUGGCUAGGCCACUGACCCCAGUCCAUAUAAGCUGACCACGCAGCUCGCUGCUGGCCCCCAGUAAGCACCCCUUCCCACCGUUCACAGCCCCUCCCUGGGGCUGCCCUCAGUCUAAGCUUUGGAACACUCUCACCUCACUUUCCACCCAAGUCAAAUAUAUUUAUUUUUUUACUGAACCCAACUUGUAUCUCUAGGUUCAGCCCAUGGCCACUCUUCGCCCCUGAGCCUGGCUGAAUAACAGGGCCCAGGUGUGUAGGCUCCCUUCUCGCCCCAGGCACCCAGGAGCCCUCUGGCCAGUUCCUCUGUCUGCUCUCAACCCCCCAGGCCCUCUGUUUCUAGCCUUGGCGCUUUCUCUGUCCUAGCAGCUUCUCUGAGCGGCUGCACAUUCGCAUUAGUCCUGCCCACCUCCUCCAUCUUUCAUGUGGUACCCAGGUAACGCGGACGUAGUGUGAAGGGACCUGUGGCCAAUUUCGGAGGAUGCUCUGGGCCUACGGAGGACAGGACUGUGCUCAGAGACCCUCUCACCCUGCACAGAAGUGGUGCCUCUCCCAGAAGACUCUGGGCAGAUACCUACUUGAGGGUAGGACUUGGAGGGACUCUGUAGGGAUCAGGGACCCACCCACCUUCCUGGCUUGAGAACAGCCCUGCUACCCCUUUUUGAGCCGAAAUUUUGAAGUGGAUGCCCGUCUUGCCAGAAACGCUGUUCUCUCCAGAAUGCCCCUCCCUGCACUGGACUUGGCGCACCCAGAACCAAGCAGAGACCCAACUCUGGAGGCCUACAUCCUGUGUACCCUCAGGAAGGGUGAUGUCACCCUCCUGGUAGGUAGUCCUAGACCCUUCCUGCCUCUUGCUCUCCUAUGGGGAGACCAUGUUUCCUAGAGUGUGAGCUGCCCCUCACCCCCUGAAAAGCUGACUCACUGUGAGUGACCUUGGGCAAGUUCCCAAACCUCCUUGUGCCUCAGUUUCCCCAUCUGGAAAAAAUGGGGCCACCUCUUGCCAGCAGUAGCAGGGCUGCCCGUGCCCCUUCCUCCCCGUGCCCCAUAUCCAGCCCUGGGCACCUGUGCCUCUGUUCUGCUGGGUCUGUGGGAGCCCACCUGAGCCCAGUGGUUACUCCCCUGGCACUCAGCUCUGCUUCUAGUUCAGCCAUCCGGCCACUGAGAGUCAGGGCAUGGUGCUGGGGCGGGGUGGGGGAGGAGGGCUCUUUUCUAUAUUUAUUUCAUAGCGAUAAGUCUCCGAAGGGAGCAGAAAUGCAGUCAGCCUGGGCCCCUAGCCCAUGACUGCCCUCCAGUGAGGCUCUGAGGCCUGGCUAGGGCCCUCCUGGGCAGAGCCCCUGCCUAGCCCCUCAGGCCUGAUUCCACUUGCCCCCCUUUUAAAAGCAAUACCUUCAGGUCUGCAGCGCCAUCAGCCAGCCUGGUUCCUUCUUAGGGUAACCUGGGUCUGCUGGUGUUUCUGGCAAUGCAGAUGAGAGGAGGGUGGGCCUGCCCUCGCUGCUGUCAGGCACUGAGAAGCCCUACGGUAAAGAAAAACAAAAACAAAAAAACAAACAAAAUGGAAAAGUCACAAAAAAGUUUGUAUAAAGACGUAUUUUUGUACUACAUGGGGACUCUUCCUGCAUGUCAGCAAUAAAACUUCCUGAUCUGGA